GGUGCUGCUUUCACUUUCAUUCUGACUGGCAGUCAUGUGAGCAGAGAGGAAGAAAGUGGGGGAGCGAGAGAGAGGGAGUGAGAGACAAAAAGCCACCCGACGCCUCUCGGUGUUUUUGUGUACGCCGCUGCCGCCUUCCUGAGGGAGAAAUUGGACGAACCGACGACAACAAGCCACUCCUUACUACAGCGAGGAGUUGAAAACACCGCCAUUGGUAACAAACAACUGCAGCUCGACAUUCCGAACUUGUGCGCCGAGCCAAUCGCCGUCUUCUCUAAAACAAUGGCUGGAUGUCUGGAGGACCAUCUUCAAUGUCCCACCUGUCUGCAAAUCUUCAAAGAUCCUGUCAUUCUUCCGUGCAGUCACAACUUCUGCCGUGCGUGUCUGCAGCAGUGGAAGGACAAAGGAGAACAAUCGUGUCCAAUCUGUCGGACAGAGUUUAGUUCGAUGGAUCCGCCUCCGAACUUGGCACUGAGGAAUAUGUGUGAGAACCUUUCAUGUGCCUCGCUCAAAUCCGAAGAAAUCUGCAGCUUGCAUGAGGAGAAACUUCAACUCUUCUGUUUGGACCACCAGGAGCUUGUGUGCCAUAUCUGCAGAGACGCAGAAAUCCACGUUGGUCACAAGUUCCGGCCCCUUGAAGAAGUUGUGAAAGGUCAUCAUGAGGAACUCCAGAAAGGCCUGCAGAAGGCCAAGGAAAGACUCAAAGAUUACAACGAUUGUCAAGAGAACUGCAACGAACAGGCAGAGUACAUCAAAGUCCAGAGGGAGAAGGUCGAACGCAAGAUUAAGAAGGAUUUUGAGGAGCUCCGUCGCUUCCUCAACGUCGAGGAGGAGGCCAGGUUGGCUGCGGUCAGGGAGGAAGAGAAGAAGAAGAGUCACACAAUGAAGGAGAAGAUGGCGGCUCUCGACAGACAAAUGGCCGCUCUCUCGAAUCUCAUCAGAAGCACUGAGGAGCAGCUGGCGUCUGGCAAUGUUUCUUUCAUGAAGAAGUUCAAGACUGCCAUGAGCAGAAUCCAGGAGCUGCCUGAAAAGCCGCAGUUGCUGCCAGGAGGUCUGCUGGACGAAGCCAAACACGUGGGCAACCUCAAAUUUAAGGUGUGGGAGCGGAUGAAGGAUACACUCGCCUACAGUCCCGUCAUUCUGGACCCCAACACGGCCAAUCCAAGGAUCAGUCUGUCUGAAGAUCUGAACAGUCUGAGUUGGGAAGACGUAGAGCAGGAGCGUCCAAAGAAUCCAGAGAGGUGCAAGUCGCAGCGUGUGCUGGUUGGUGCUUUGGACUCGGGAAGACACGUGUGGGAUGUGGAGGUGGUAGACAACAUUGAAUGGCAAGUGGGGAUUAUUUGGGGGGACCCAUGUUUGCCAGAUGAAAUGAUUGGUUGGUUCAUUUGGUUUCGUGAUGGGGUAUACAAAAAGCCCUAUUGCGAUGAUGGAGAAUGGAAUCCGCCUGUCAAAGUGCAGAGGAUCAGAGUUGAAGUGGACAUAAAUGAAAGGGUGGUGUCCUUCUCUGAACCUCUUACAAACACCGAAUUGUGGAACACUAAGAAGCCUUCCAAUUGGCCAGACUUGUCCGGUAACACCAAAAUGUAUCCUUACUUUUACACAAGCAGUAAAAUUCCUCUAAAAAUAAUCCCCAUUCCACCUGGUGUUACGACAGCCAUCACCCAGCUUCAAACAACUGCAGCUCGACAAUCCGAAUUUGCCGUCUUCUCUAAAACCAUGGCUGGACGUCUGGAGGACCAUUUUCAAUGUCCCACCUGUCUGGACAUCUUCAAAGAUCCUGUCAUUCUUCUGUGCAGUCACAGCUUCUGCCGUGCGUGUCUGCAGCAGUGGAAGGACAAAGCAGAACGAUCGUGUCCAGUCUGUCGGACAGAGUUUAGUUUGAUGGAUCCGCCUUUGAACUUGGCACUGAGGAAUAUGUGUGAGAACCUUUCACGUGCCUCGCUCAAAUCAGAAGACAUCUGCAGCUUGCAUGAGGAGAAACUUCAACUCUUCUGUUUGGACCACCAGGAGCUUGUGUGCCUCGUCUGCAGAGACGCAGAAAUACACAUUGGUCAUACGUUUCGGCCCCUCAAAGAAGUUGUGAAAGGUCAUCGUGAUGAACUCCAGAAAGGCCUGCAGAAGGCCAAGGAACGACUCCAAGAUUACAACGACUGUCGAGAAAACUGCAAUGAACAAGUAGACUACAUCAAAGUCCAGAAGGGGAAUGUCGAACGCAAGAUAAAGAAGGAUUUUGAGGAUCUCCGUCGCUUCCUGGACGUCGAAGAGGAGGCCAGGUUGGCUGCGGUCAGGGAGGAAGAGAAGAAAAAGAGUCAGACGAUGAAGGAGAAGAUGGCGGCUCUCGACAGACAAAUGGCCGCUCUCUCGGAUGUCAUCAGAAACACUGAGGAGCAGCUGGCGUCUGGCAAUGUUUCUUUCAUGAAGAAGUUCAAGACUGCGAUGAGCAGAAUCCAGGAGCUGACUGAAAAACCGCAGCUUCUGCCGGGAGGUCUGCUGGACGAAGCCAAACACGUGGGCAACCUCAAGUUCAAGGUGUGGGAGCGGAUGAAGGAGACGCUCGCCUACAGUCCUGUCGUUCUGAACCCCAACACGGCCAAUCCAAGAAUCCGUCUCUCCGAAGAUCUGACCGGUCUGAGUUGGGAAGAAGUUCAGCAGGUGCGUCCAAAAAAUCCAGAGAGGGAAGAGGGGAACUGUGUGCAAGGUGGUGCUUUGGACCUGGGAAGACACGUGUGGGACGUUGAGGUGGGAGACAACAAUAACUGGGCUGUGGGGGUUAUGUGGGGGGACCCUUGUUUGCCAGUGAAAAUGACUGGUUGGUUUAUUGGAUUUCGUGAUGGUAAAUACAAAAAGCCCGGUGGCAAAUAUGGAGAAUGGAAUCCGCCUGUCAAAGUGCAGAGGAUCCGAGUUGAGGUGGACAUGAAAGAAAGGGCGGUGUCCUUCUCUGAACCUCUGACAAACACCGAAUUGUGGAACACUAAGAAGGCUUCCGAUUGGCCAGACUUGUCCGGUAACACCAAAAUAACAACUGCAGCUCGACAUUCCAAACUUGUGCACUCUAAAACAAUGGGUGACUGUCUGGGGGACCAUCUUCAAUGUCCCACCUGUCUGGACAUCUACAAACAUCCUGUCAUUCUUCCGUGCAGUCACAGCUUCUGCCGUGCGUGUCUGCAGCAGUGGAAGGACAAAGGAGAACGAUCGUGUCCACUCUGUAGGACAGAGUUUAGUUCGAUGGAUCCACCUUUUAACUUGACACUCAGGAAUAUUUGUGAGAACCUUUCACAAGUCUCAGUCAAGUCAGAGGACAUGUGCAGCUUGCACCAAGAGGAACUCAAACUCUUCUGUUUGGACCACCGGGAGCUUGUGUGCCAUAUCUGCAGAGACUCAGAAAUCCACAUUGGUCACACGUUCCGGCCCCUCAAAGAAAUUGUGAAAGGUCAUCAUAAGGAACUCCAGGAAGGCCUGCAGAAAGCCAAGGAAAGACUCAAAUAUUACAACGACUGUCGAGAGAACUGCAAUGAACAGGUAGAGUACAUCAAAGUCCAGAAGGAGAAGGUCGAACACAAGAUUAAGAAGGAUUUUGAGGAGCUCCGGUGCUUUCUCGACGUCGAGGAGGAGGCCAGGUUGGCUGCGGUAAGGGAGGAAGAGCAGAAGAAGAGUAAGAUCAUGAAGGAGAGGAUUGUGGUUCUGGGCCAACAAAUGACCGUUCUCUCGGAUGUCAUCAGAAGCACUGAGGACCAGCUGGCAUCUGGUAAUAAUUCUUUCAUGAAGAAGUUCAAGACUGCGAUGAGCAGAAUCCAGGAGCUGCCUAAAACACCGCAGCUGCUGCCAAGGGGUCUGCUGGACGAAGCCAAACACGUGGGCAACCUCAAAUUCAAGGUGUGGGAGCGGAUGAAGGAGACGCUCGCCUACAGUCCCGUCAUUCUGGACCCCAACACGGCCGAUCCAAGAAUCAGUCUGUCUGAAGAUCUGACCAGUUUGAGUUGGGUAGACGUACAGCAGGAGCGUCCAAAGAAUCCAGAGAGGCGCAAGUGGGAGAAUGUGCUGGGUUGCACUUUGGACUCGGGAAGACACGUAUGGGACGUUGAAGUGGGAGACAACGAUGUCUGGUACGUGGGGGUCGCGUGGGGGAACCCUUGUUUGCCAGAGAAAAUGACUGGUUGGUUCAUCGGACAUCGCAAUGGGAAAUACAGAGAGGUCAGUGGCAAAUAUGGAGAAUGGAAUCCGCCUGUCAAAGUGCAGAGGAUCCGAGUUGAAGUGGACAUGAAUGAGAGGUCAUUGUCCUUCUCUGAAACUCUGACAUGCACCGAAUUGUGGAAAACUAAGAAGUCUUCCAAUUGGCCAGACUUGUCCGGUAACACCAAAAUGUAUCCUUACUUUUCCACAAAAUGUAAAAUUCCUCUAAAAAUAAUCCCCAUUCUACCUGGUGUUACGACUUCCAUCAGUUUGCAGUCAUGUUGACACAGCUUGAUUUUUUUUUUUUUGUUGCUUUUAAUGUAAUCUAAAUCAUUCCUUUUCUUUUUCCACAUGAUUUGACUCGCACUUAUUGGCCAGGUCAUG